GUAGUUUAUUAGUCAGCGCGAAGUGCCAGGUUCGAGCUCAGACAAGGCUCUAUCCAGCCAGCUCAACUCAACUUAUCCACCACCACUCUUCAGACGGAUGUCUUUCCUAUAAGUUUACUAAACUGAGGCACUGACCCAAGUUCUACAACUUUAAAUUCUAUGAAUUACUCUUUAAUUAAGGUUUCUUGUUUGAGGAUAAGUAGUGCGCGACACUUUAAGAGAAGGAACGCGCGUAUUGAAACAUCCAACUUUGGAUUUUAGUUUCUGUUUCUCGUCUUUCAUUUGUGAAAACCCGACUCGUGAUGGUUGUCCUGUCACUUAGGUUACUAUUGGUAGGAGUUAUAGUAAGUGUGACUUCAGCUCAUCUGGCUGGUGAAAGUGUAGAUAAAGAAGAUUCGUUGAAGAGCCGUCUGAAAGAGUAUGGCCUCAUUACUCCCAUCAGUACAGACGCAGAGGGACACUACCUCUCGCAUCUUCUUUCGGCCAAUCACAAGCAGCGUGUGAAGCGGGAGGUUUUGAAAGGGUCAACGCAAGCGGUAGACAGGCUAUUCUUUAACAUCACUGUCUUUGGCAAAGAAUUCCACCUCCGACUACAUCCCAACCAAAGAUUAGUGGCUCCAGGAGCCAUGGUGGAAUGGCACGAUGAGAUAGAAAUAGCUGGGAAUGAGACUGAGAAUGGAACCCACUCAGAGAGAAUACUCAAAAGGGAGUUGCUGAAAACGGACUGCACUUUUAUAGGGGACAUCACGGAUGUGCCUGGAACCUCUGUCGCCAUUAACAACUGUGAUGGGCUGGCUGGAAUGAUUCGAACUGAUUCCGAUGAGUACUUCAUUGAGCCUCUGGAGCGAGGAACACAGGAACACGAGGACACGGGAAGAGUGCAUGUGGUGUACCGGAGGUCUGCAGUAUUGAAAGUGCCUUCCGACAUCUCCUUGGAUUACCAGCCGAUUGAGCCUGAAUUGGAUGCACCAAAGGUGCUGGAUAGUAUUGCUAAACAAGUCAACCGGACAGUCAGGAGACGGAGAAACGCUGGUGACGAUGACUACAGCAUUGAGGUGCUGCUUGGUGUAGAUGAUACUGUUGUCCGUUUCCAUGGGAAAGAGCAUGUGCAGAACUAUCUCCUCACCCUCAUGAACAUUGUGAAUGAGAUCUACCAUGAUGAAUCACUGGGAGUGCACAUUAAUGUUGUGCUUGUGAGGAUGAUCAUGCUUGGAUAUGCUAAGUCCAUCAGUCUCAUUGAGGGUGGCAACCCUUCUCGAAGCCUGGAAAAUGUGUGCCGCUGGGCAGUCAUCCAACAGAAAGAGGAUCCAGAGCACUCCGAGCAUCACGACCAUGCCAUCUUCUUGACCCGGCAAGGCUUCGGCCCCACUGGCAUGCAAGGAUAUGCCCCUGUCACCGGGAUGUGCCACCCUGUCCGCAGCUGCACCCUCAAUCAUGAAGAUGGCUUCUCUUCUGCCUUUGUUGUAGCCCAUGAGACAGGACAUGUGCUGGGAAUGGAGCAUGAUGGUCAGGGCAACCGCUGCGGUGACGAAACAGCCAUGGGAAGUGUCAUGGCCCCUCUGGUGCAAGCAGCCUUCCACCGCUACCACUGGUCAAUGUGCAGUGGGCAAGAGCUGAAGAGAUACAUUAAUUCAUAUGACUGCCUGCUGGACGAUCCCUUCAAACAUGACUGGCCACAGCUCCCUGAACUACCUGGCAUCAAUUACUCCAUGGAUGAGCAGUGUCGCUUUGAUUUUGGAGUUGGAUACAAAAUCUGUACUUCAUUUCGAACAUUUGAUCCAUGCAAGCAGCUGUGGUGCAGUCAUCCAGAUAACCCUUACUUCUGUAAGACCAAAAAAGGACCUCCACUGGACGGGACUGAAUGUGCACCUGGGAAGUGGUGCUACAAAGGUCACUGCAUGUGGAAGAAUGCCAACCAAGUAAAGCAAGAUGGAGCCUGGAGUGCCUGGAGCAAGUAUGGCUCUUGCUCUCGCUCCUGUGGGACUGGUGUCCGCUUCAGAACCCGCCAGUGCAACAACCCUGCUCCAUCUAAUGGAGGUCAGGACUGCCCAGGGGUGAAUUAUGAAUAUCAGCUGUGUAACAUAGACGAUUGCCCCAAACACUUCGAGGACUUCAGAGCUCAGCAAUGCCAACUUCGCAACUCCCACUUUGAAUACCAGAAUGCCAAACACCACUGGCUUGCCUACGAACACCCAGACGCCAACAAAAGAUGUCACCUUUAUUGCCAGUCAAAAGAAACAGGUGAAGCUGCUUACAUGAAGCAACUGGUGCAUGAUGGGACAAGGUGCUCUUACAAAGAUCCAUAUAGCAUCUGUGUGCGUGGAGAGUGUGUGAAAGUGGGCUGUGACAGGGAAAUUGGCUCCAGUAAGGUGGAGGAUAAGUGUGGUGUGUGUGGGGGUGACAACUCUCACUGCCGAACUGUGAAAGGAACCUUUACCCGUGUGCCUAAGAAAGCCGGUUACCUAAAGAUGUUUCUCAUUCCUCCUGGGGCUAGACAUGUGAUCAUACAAGAACAUGAGGCUUCUCCUCAAAUUCUUGCUAUCAAGAACCAGGCAACUGGGCAUUACAUUCUCAACAGCAAAGAAGAAGAUGUGAGAUCUCGGCGCUUCAUCGAGAUGGGAGUGGAGUGGGACUACCUCAUCGAGGACGAUGUCGAGACUCUUCACACUGAUGGUCCUCUACAAGAUGCAGUUGUUGUUCUGAUUAUACCUAAAGACAAUGAGACCAGGUCCACGCUAAUGUACAGAUACAUCAUCCAUGAAGAUUCAGUGCCCCUUAACAACAAUAAUGUCAUUCAGGAGGACACAUAUGAGUGGGCACUGAAGAGCUGGUCCCAGUGUUCAAGGCCUUGCGCUGGAGGAUUCCAGUACACCAAAUAUGGGUGUCGUAAAAAAGGGGACAACAAAAUGGUGCACAAAGGCUACUGUGAUGUCAGCAAGAAACCCAAACCUAUUCGAAGAAUGUGUAACUUACAGGACUGUACGCAGCCACAAUGGAUCACAGAGGAGUGGGAACACUGCACUAAAACCUGUGGAAGCUUGGGAUACCAAAUCCGCACCGUGCGUUGUGUCCAGUUCCUUCAUGAAGGCACAAACCGCUCUAUCCAUAGCAAGUACUGCAGUGGGGAAAAGCCUGAGAUCAGGAGGCCAUGUAACAGAGUGCCCUGCCCAGCCCAAUGGAGAACUGGGGCAUGGUCAGAGUGCUCAGUGUCCUGUGGAGAAGGUGUGAUUCGACGUACGGUCACAUGUCGUAUUGGAGAUCAAUGCACCGGCGAGAAGCCCGAGUUACACAGGCCCUGCAGGCCAGGACCCUGCCAUGAUGAGCCAUGCAGAGGAGACAAGUCCAUAUUCUGUCAAAUGGAGGUUCUGGCUCGUUAUUGCUCAAUACCAGGUUACAACAAGCUCUGCUGUGAAUCCUGCAGUAAGCGAAGUGGCACUUUUGCUCCUCUUCUGCAUGAAGCUGCUAAGACAGAAGAGGAACUUCGCUUCGGUUCGGCCUCCCAACUUCUGGAGACACUCUCAGCCUCUGUAAAUGGAACUCUGAAAGUCUCUCAGCUACACCAGCAGGGACCCUUGUCACAAGGCCAAUUUCCCAAGCAGACCACCACCCCCCCGCCUCGCAAACUCAAUACCAAGAACAGCAAGACUCAAAAGCGCCUCAAACUAGGUACAAGGAAUCUGCCUGCAAUGAGGAUCCAUAGCUUGUGGAACAAGGAUGCCGCUGAAGAUGUGCCAUGGCAGAUGGGAAGUUUCCAAGAGAGUCAGUGGCCAACAGCAUCAUCCGAGGUGGAGAGAUGAAGACUAGUUUGUCUCUUUUUUUUCUUCUGGACUCUCUCUUAUUUGUUUGUUGUAGACAUAGACCUUUAACAUUCAUCUUUCCCUUCAGUUCAUCCUCAAGAUAUUUAAAAGCAAGAGAGAGUAAAGUGCUGGUUCACUUUCAAAUGUUCUCAAUUCCCCUGCCAGCAGUAUUUGUUUUGAAAACACACUUGUCUCUCACACACUGUUGUGAUGGGGAACGUGCCAAAGAAGUUCUCAUGAUGAUCCUUUCAUCAGCUUGGUAUGGUCUAUAGGGGUUUGGUGCGCGUACAUAAAGAGACUCCGGUGGUACUCGUGAGGAAAUGCUUGUAGUUGUAUCAAACUUCACAAUCUUUACGGUUUUAUUUUUACCAGCUCCAAACAUGUUUGACCAAGUAAUAUUUAUGAACGUUCCUGUAAAUACUGUAUAUGGAAAAUGUCAGUAUUAUUUUUACAAGAAUACAAACUGAGGAUUUAAAAAAAAUAAGAGAUUCAGGAGCAUUAUCGGUGCUUUUUAUAUUAAGAACACUUUAAUAAUAUGCUAGGAAAUGUGCGAUCAGCCAUGAGUUCAGCUCUGAUGAAUAUAUAUUCCAAAACAGUGUGAGCGUACAGGAACAAACAACAUUGAAAUUAAAAAAAUUGCCUUAAAAUAUUUACUUUUCAUUCCAAAAUGAUUUCAUUUAUGAAUCAGCCUCUCAGCAAGUCAUCAGUCAAAUUAAUUAUCAUAGUUUUUUGUUUACCUCCUCAUUUUGCCAUGUUGUUGAGGCUUCUCUUUAACACUUGCUUGUUAGAUUUCCCUUGUUUUGUCUUAUAAAUUCAUCCUCGCAGCUAGAAGUUUAUUUAGCCAACAACAAAAUUUAGCAUGAACGUCAUUAAAAGCAGCUUAACCAUGGUGUAGGAGGCCCAUCAUACAUAUUGUGAGAUGAGUUGGAUGUUUAAGGCCAGAUUUGAAGGAGUAAAGCUAAACUUUCUGGAGAUCUUAUACUGUGAGACACUGCUCAAGAUAUCUCACUUGUCUGAGGGGGAGGAAAGCUAUUUAUUUUUUAUAAUUAAGAAUUCUAUCACAACCACAGUGCAUCUGACUGCAAUACCAAGGAAACCAGUUAGUCUAUCAGUGGAGUUCAUAACUGUACACACACAUUCACCCGUGUGCCACUGUAAAGCUAUUGUAUAUUGUAUACCAUUGAUAACUUUAGAGUAUUUAUUAAGAUUCAAAGUUCAACAUCAUGUCUUACGUAUGUGCAAAAUUAUCUGUCAUUUCAGACCAAAAAUGCAUACUCCCAUUGAAAGUAGCUCACAAAAGUAGACCUGAAUAACCUUGUCAUUUUAACUGCCAAUUUAGAUACAAAUAAGACACAUGCUCAGUUGUUGAGAUGUUAAAAGGUAAAGCUGUUUCACAGCCGUUUUAGAAUAGAAAAAUUGUGGAGAAAAUCCUAAACAAAGCUGUCAUUUACAGUGAUUCAUAUUGUCCUUCGACCAUAAAUCCCCCAAUCCUGCACGAAACUGUUAAUUUACAGUUAAUUCGUAGCUUUAAAAAAAUAAUUAUAGUGGAUUUUGAUCCUCUAGAAUAGACAAUAUCGUUAAACCAGUUAAAGCUGAGGUCAAUGUUGUGUACAUCACAAAAAAAGUUCACUUUACUGAUAAUAAACUGUUGCUAAUAUUAUCAACAUGCUUUCAGAGACCCAAAAGAAGGCGAGAUAGAAGUUAAUUUGACAAUCCCUAAGCCACAGACAGACACCUAACAUAAAGGAUAAAGCAUAUUUGUCCUUACAAUUCCAGGUUCAUUUAAGUGUCAAUUGUUGUUCUGUCUUACAGUUGCUAACCGCUUGAAGUCAUUUCUUUUUGUUUUAAUUUGUACUUUUGUUAGUUGUAAUGGAAGUGUACACUACUGAGGCUGUUUGUUGUAAUGGGGAGCACAUAGCAAUAAAGAAAAUGAUAAACCA